AUGGCCACCAAAGACACGCCCGGCGCGCACAGCGAGGGCAAGAUCACCGACUGGGUCAAGCCCGACGACAAGUCGGGCGAGUUCAAGCGCCAGCAGAGCUCGUUCCGUGACUUCAUCUCGCGCGAGCCCGGCGCCCGCUUCCCGCCCGAGAAGGGCCGCUACCACCUGUAUGUGAGCUACGCGUGUCCGUGGGCCUCGCGGACCCUGAUUGCCAGGAAGCUCAAGGGCCUUGAGGAUAUCAUCUCGUUUUCGGUUGUGCAUUGGCACAUGGGAGACAAGGGCUGGCGGUUCCCCACGCCCGAGGACACCGACGCGCCCGGGAAGAACGUCAUCCCGGACCCGGUGCCGGGCCACGAGGGCUUCACGCACCUGCGCGACGUCUACUUCCAGGCGAACCCGUCGUACAAGGGCCGCUUCACCGUGCCCGUGCUGUACGACAAGAAGACGCAGACGAUCGUCAACAACGAGAGCAGCGAGAUCUUGCGCAUGUUUGGGACCGAGUUCAACGACCUCAUCGACGAACAGUACCGCGCCAUCGAUUUCUACCCCGAGGCCCUGCGCAAGGAGAUCGACGAGACGCACGAGUGGCAGUACGACAAGAUCAACAACGGCGUGUACAAGUCGGGCUUCGCCACCACCCAGGAGGCCUACCAGCGCAAUGUGGUAGCGCUCUUCGAGGCGCUGGACCGCGCCGAGGCGCACCUCGAGAAGACGGCGGCCGAGGGGCCCUACUGGUUCGGCCAGACCCUCACCGAGGUGGACAUCCGACUCUUCGUAACCAUCAUCCGCUUCGACCCCGUCUACGUGCAGCACUUCAAGUGCAACAUCCGCGACAUCCGCUCGGGCUACCCGGCGCUGCACCGCUGGAUGCGCCACCUGUACUGGACCGUGCCGGCCUUCCGCGAGACCACCAACUUCCUGCACAUCAAGAACCACUACACCAAGUCGCACACCCAGAUCAACCCGCUGUCCAUCACCCCCGUCGGCCCCGUGCCCGACAUCCUGCCGCUCGACGCGGAGGUGCCGGCCGUGGGGUAUCAGGGGAGGCGGUAA